UCCUGGAGAAAUCAGUCCUCUUUAAAAACCUCGCGCAGAGGGACAGUUGGCAACUGCUUAUACGCUUUGCAGCACACACUCAACCUUCUUUACUUGGCAGCCAGGAUGCAGGAUGUGAGUGGAAUAUUGAAGGAGGGAUUCCUCGUUAAAAGGGGACAUAUUGUCCAUAACUGGAAAGCAAGAUGGUUUGUUCUGCUGCAGGACAAGCUGUUGUAUUAUAAACUUGAUGGAGGCAGGAAGGAGCCUUCUCCUAAGGGCAGGAUCAUUUUGGAUGGUUGCACUAUCACUUGCCCAUGCCUGGAGUAUGAGAACAGACCGCUGGUCAUUAAGCUGAAGACAAAAACCAACACAGAAUAUUUCCUUGAAUCUUGCUCCAGAGAAGAGCGGGACUCUUGGGCUUUGGACAUUACUGGAGCCAUUCAUGCUGGCCACCCACUGCAGGUUCAGCAGCUUCACAGAAUGAAAAAUUCCUUCAAACUUCCCUCAAACAUCAGCCUCAACCAGAUAGUGGACAAAAUGCAUGAUAACAGUAAUGGAAUUAAACUGACCCCCAACAUGGAACAAGGCAACACAUACAAAGAAAGCUUUACAGGUUCUGCACUGGUGGACUGGUUGAUCUCCAGUAAUUUUGUUGCCUCUCGAUAUGAAGCUAUGACAUUGGCCUCCAUGCUGAUGGAAGAAAACUUCACCAAGCCUGUUGGAGCCCGGAGCACUGAAGCCAUGCGCAAUGGUGAUCUGGCUGAGCAGUUCCUAGAUGACUCCACAGCACUGUACACAUUUGCUGAAAGCUAUAAUAGGAAACUCAGCUCCAGAGAAGAACUGCACCCCCACAUCCUUGAAUUAAGUGGAACAAUUGUAAAACAAGGAUAUUUAGUAAAACAGGGACACAAGAGGAAAAACUGGAAGGUGAGGCAUUUUGUUCUGAGGGCUGACCCUGCUUUCCUGCACUACUACGACCCGACAAAGGAAGAAAACAGACCAGUUGGUGGGUUUUCUCUCCGUGGCUGCCUUGUCUCAGCUCUGGAGGAUAAUGGAGUCCCAACUGGGGUGAAGGGGAAUGUGCAGGGCAACCUCUUCAAAAUCAUCACUAAAAAUGACAUUCAUUACUACAUCCAGGCCAGCUCCAAGGCAGAGCGAGCACAGUGGAUUGAGGCCAUCAAGCGGCUGACAUGAGCAAGAUAUGGACUCUGUACCCAAAUAGGGAUCAAAGUGAAUAAUUGAUAUUCAUGAGUAAGCUUGCUGCUGUCUUUGCUGGGAGUAUUGACUCUGGGAUGGCUGAUCAUGAGAUGGAAGAUCAAAUCUUUUUAUCCAGGUGUCCAAUCUACCUCUGGCAGAUCCAUAUCAUGCUUCACCCUAAAACAGAAAAGCCUUACUGGUCCCCAUUUACUAUGAGACUCGUACAUUCCAGUAGCCCAUGUCUACUGCAGUCACUUGACUGAAUCAAGGACUGUGGGUUGGGCCAGAACCAGCACAAGCACGGGUUUCUGAGGCCACCUCCCUUGACAUAACACCACAGAAUCUUUUACUUAAUUGCACUCUGAUUGCCUCGGGGAAUACCACACUGGAACAAACCAGUGAUCUGUCCAUCCACCUACUCCAGGAUCCAGCCUCCUGCUGUGCUGGAAAAACUCAGGGUGCUGUAGGAACAUAGGAUUUGUCAGACCUGAUCAUACCCAUGGCCUGUCUCUGACAGUGACCAAUGCUGUAAAUAUUAGAAGAAGAAGAAGAGAACCCCACAAUCCACCUGGGCAGCUGUGUAACAAUGCAUGGUAAGGAGGAGCUUUUCUCCCUGAACCCAUCUGGAGAUCAGUUUGAGUUGCACCAAAGGACUGAUAACUAAUCAUUUAAUCCUAGUUACUGUUGUAUCUACUUCAAACCAAUAAAUUUUGCACUUUUCUAGUAAACUUGAACCUUAAUCAUAUUAAAUUUAGUAAUGGGGUACUUGAAACAGCUUUACCCUUUUCACAUGAUCUUUUCCAGAGGUCAGACUGAGAGGUGGGGAAAUAAUGGUACUUCACCCAAAGAACAAAUAGAAAUUUUACCCAGAUUUCACCCACAAUCCCAAACAUCUCCCACUGUGCCAGAAUAGCAUUGUUAUGGAAUAAUUUCCCCAACAUAAUUCACAAAACCCUUCACAUGGAAAGAUUCACUUAAAGUAGGAAGGCUGGCUUGUUGACUUUCAGGGAGGUUUUCAAAGGCAUGAAUAGAAAAUAGGCUCUUAAGUCCCAUUGACAAGUGCCCAACAGCCAUUUUGUCCCUUCUGAACAUUUCCCCCUCAGGGCAUACCAGCACCUCAUUUUCCCUACUGGGACCACCCCAUCACCUAGGUGCUGAGAACCCCUGAUUUAGGAGCAUGCUUAAUAUUGAAAGCAUAUUUUCAAAGAACAUAGACUGUCCAUAUUAUUUUAGAAAAUUCUCCUUGUUUUCUGAACACCCAUAGCUAGCAGCCUUUUUUUCUGCAGUGCCCAAAAGAAGCCCUUUGAAAAUACUGUAGUACAUGCCUUCCACUAACUCUCACAGG